AGACUAUGGCGUGUAUAUGGGGCAAAGAUCACGCUAUAAGAAACCUUAGCUCGGAUCGAUCCCGCGUUGAAAAUUGCAAGUCAUAUUAUUUUGGAAUACAAUAUUUGCACAUGCAGGCACAUCUCUCCGUUUCGCCGUAGAAUUACAUGUGGUUGCUGGCAUGCACAAUUCAAUUGAUAUAGGUAGCAGCUAUGCUGGUACGGGCUCUACAUACAUGCGAAUAAACAAGAGAAAGAGAUAUAUGUAUAUGCGCCCACUCGGUGUACAUUACUGUCAUUAGGAUGGUCUCAUAAUCAGGGACCGGAUAAGACAGUGUAGGCCUAUCGGUUAUUUUCGCUAUUUGACUUCAAAGUUCGGGAUCAGCUGCACCUGCACUAUAUCAGAGGAAGACGGAUCAACGUGACACCGCUGACACCAUCUGCGAUCCGGAAAAACACUAUUCUUCGUAGGAAAUCUAAUUCAGCUUAACUGACGCAUACAGAUUCGCAAUGACUUCCAAUCUUCUGAGCAUCAACUUCUUACGGCAGUUGAUACGCCAUGAGCAACGUCUCAACCAAACAUCGUCAUUUCACAAGACUCUAAGCAGGACUUUAAGGACACCUUCAACCUGUUCAACAGGGCGAAAGGCAUCAUCCAGAUCGACCAAUGUACUGAAGGUUGCGGGGGUGUUCCUGACCGGUGGUGCAGCGGCUCUUUGGAUCCCAACGAAACGGAAAGGAGUCACCAGUAUGUUUUCAUCGCUAUGCGAUCGAUAUAAUUUCUCGCCUUUGCAACUAGUUUUAAAAAGAUCUCUCUGCGCCCCGGGAAAUCCGAAGGGCACUCCCGAGCGGGACCUACCUGGUUGGACCCCGAGGACGAAGGAGCUAUACGCGGACUAUCAGAGACAGCUUCUCCGGGACUCCACGGGCUGGAAGGAGAUGCUCAACUCGGUGGACAGGGAGAGGAACAAACGGCUCUAUACGCUGAAUCACCCAGAAUACGGCGCAACCUUCGAAUACGUGAUGUUCUCCAACGAGGAGCAGAAGAAGAGCAUGGCCGUCGUGCAGUUUGGAGAGAAGGUCCAGGGGCCUCCGGGAUAUGUCCACGGAGGAGCUAUAGCAACGAUAGGUGAUGCCUGCGCCGGAGUCCUCAUCCAUGAGGGCCUCAGUAUGAAGACCUGUGUUACUGCCAACCUCAGCGUCAAUUAUAAAAAGCCUUUACCUCUAAAGUCAACCAUCAUUAUAGAGACCGUAGUGGACAAGAUAGAUGGGAGGAAGUGUUUCACAACAAGCAUCUUCAAGAGUCCUGAUGGUAGCAUAAUCUACGACACCGUCACAACUGUUUUCGUAGAUGUUUCGUAUCAUUUAAAGAAGGAAUCGGCAACUAAAAGCUAAAUAAAUUUGAGUAUAUGUCACUAAAAUUCUAGAGUGUUGUCACUUGGAAUGUUAGGGAUAAGAAAUUCUUCCAAUUCCAUUAUUAUAAAAUUCAUGAUGUAUCUGAUGUUGUACUUAAGUUUGCUGCAGGGGUCUUUUAAUUUCACAAAGUUUCUUGCCAGUGAAACCACUGCUUCUGAUUGGCAGAAUAUAUCUUGCAAUUGAAAAUUGUAAUUAUUUAUCAUAUUUUUUUAAUAAUUACUGGUAAUUGUCGUAAUCCAUAUUUAAAACAGGGUCAAGCAAAAUUAAAUGAAAUCUGUGAUACACCAACUAUGAACAGGAUUAAGAUCGAAUGUAGUAUCUUUUCUUUAGAUUUAUAGUACUUCCUUUCAACAUACUUGCUACUUGUAAAUCUUGAUUUAUAUCAAGAAAUUUUCAAUUUCUUUUAAUUUGCUUUGAAAGAAGGCAUUGCCUUUUAAGAAAAAAAGACAUCAAAAUCUACAAAUCCUUGAUCAUUGCCUUUAAAUUUUAGAAUCUGGGAGGCUUUUAAUUUAGAAUUUGUUGUCUUGCAAGUUGUCGGAUAAGACAAAUUUUCUGAUUUUUAUUGGACAAGAAGCACAGUUGGCUGUGUGUUACUGCGACAACUGUCCGCUCAUAAUAACUUGUCGGUGUCAACGCAUGUAAGAAACGGUUCCAUUUCUUUUAAGUUUGGAAAAUGCUUGUCAAAUUUGAAACCUUUUAAAGGGAAAAAUACGGAUAUGUUGAAAAUGUAAGAUAAGAAAUAUUUUUAGAGGAGGUAAUUCCUUGUGAAAUUUGAUUGAUGUGUUCAGUCAUCUACAUACAGAAUGCAUUGUAUAUAUUAAUGCUACAUUUCCAUUCAUUGAUCCUAUUUAUAAUACUUUUUAAAAUGUAAUGAAUAUCAUUCUAAUAAUCUACGAUAUUGAACUGAAUCAGUUAUAACCGGUGCGUAGGGUGCUUACAUGUAUACAUGUUUAUAAUUUUAAGGCAAAUAUUAUGAUUCAAUGUCAGUAUUUUUUUUAUUCAAAUGUCUUAACCAAUGAAUGUGUACCAAUUACUUGUCAAUGAAUGCACAAAGGAUUUCAAAGCAGAUAGGGAUGAUGAUGUUCAAGGAUGUAGAUAAAUCUAGAAACAUGGGUCAAUUCCUGUGCAAUAUUCUGAUAAAUUAGGAAGUGAUAUUGUUUUGUAAUACUUAUUUCAUGGACUUUUCCACUUUCAGUUUUUAGAGUACUGCAGCUUUAUGUGGUGAAUUACUGACAAUCAUAGGGAUUAGGGUAACCAAAGUAUGAAUUAAUGAGAAGUUUUUCUAUGUUUGUUCAGAAAAUCUUUUGUGUUAUGACUUUUUAAAUAAAGGACUAAUUUUGUAGUAUUUCCCAAGCUA